GGCGCCGGGUUGAGCGGCGGGCCGAGCCGGGGGCUCGAGUGAACGGCGCGGCCGGCGGUGAGCGCAGGCGGGCGGAUCCCGGCCAUGUCGCGCUGGCUGUGGCCGUGGUCGAGCUGCAUGAAGAAGCGGGCCUGCCGCUACCUGCUGCAGCACUACCUGGGCCACUUCCUGCAGGAGCGGCUGAGUCUGGAGCAGCUCAGCCUGGACCUGUACCAGGGCAGCGGCGGGCUGCGGGACAUCCACCUGGACGUGUGGUCUGUCAAUGAGCUGCUGGAAUCCGCAGAGUCCCCCCUGGAGCUGGUCGAUGGCUUCGUGGGCUCCAUCGAGGUGGUUGUGCCCUGGGCCGCCCUCCUCACCGACCACUGCACCAUGCAGGUGUCCGGCCUACAGCUCACCCUGCGGCCGCGGACUGGGCAAGCGCCCAGCACGGCCGAGUCCCAGAGCUGGACCUCCUGCAUGACCACCAGCCUGCAGCUCGCUCAGGAGUGCCUUCGGGAGGGGCCCCCCGAGCCCUCCGAGCCCCCCCAGCCCCUGGAGGGCCUGGAGAUGUUUGCCCAGACCAUCGAGACUGUGCUUCGGAGGAUCAAGGUGACCUUCUUGGACACCAUCGUGCGGGUGGAGCACGCGCCGGGUGGCGGAGACAGCAGCAUGGCUGUGGAGGUCCACAUUCAGAGAGUGGAGUACUGUGAUGAAGCUGUACGGGACCCGAGCCAGGCACCCCCCGUGGAUGUGCACCAGCCCCCCGCCUUCCUGCACAAGCUGCUUCAGCUUUCGGGAGUGAGGCUUCACUAUGAAGAAUGUCCCCCCCAUCAGGAGGAGUCCCCCGGACCUCCCCUGCAGAUUGGCAGCUGCUCCGGGUACAUGGAGCUGACCGUAAAACUGAAGCAAAAUGAGGCCUUCCCUGGGCCCAGGAUGGAGGUGUCUGGGCAGCUGGGCUGCCUACACUUGCUCCUGGCCCCCCAGCAUCUCUUGCAGCUGCAGGACCUCCUCAGUGCCCUGAGCCUAGCCGACACAGAAGGGCUGUCGGAUAAGGUGAACAAGAACCGGCCCCUCGGGGCAGAGGACUUGCGGCUCAUCGAGCAGGACCUGAGCCAGCAGCUUCAGGGGGGUGGCCCAGCCCUCUCCUCCGACCCUCUGGUGGGCAUGGACAGCACAGAUCUCUUCUUCUCCAUGGCUGCCCUGACCAGCAGCGUGACAUCGGCCCGCUCUGUCUCCGAGCUUUCCCUCUCUGACGUGGACCUGGGCUCAUCCCUGCACAGCGAGGGGACCCCCCGGCGCCCCCAUACCCACCCUGCCCUCCAUGGCCUCAGCCGCCUGCCUGGCAAGGCAGCAGCCCCCAUCCCCCCAGAGAGCCUGCGCCCGGAGUCGCUGCUGAAGAUGACCCUGGGUGGGCUGACGCUGACAGCCCUGCAGCAGCCUCCCGGGGCACCCCCUGGCUGCCCCCCUGACCUUGCUGCCCGCUUCUUUGCUGAGUUUGACGCUGCCAAAGAGGGGCCCUUUGGGUCCCGGGACUUCCAGCAGCUGCGGCCCCGCUUCCAGAAGGCCUGCCCCCGAAGCCACGUGAGGUUAACGGGUUCGGCUGUGCAGCUGAGCUGGGAGCAGCGUGGGGGAGCCGGGGGCAGGGGCCGGGCUUUUAGCACCGACCUGCUCUUUGGCCAGCUGGAGGUGCUGGAGUGUCUGUGGCCUAAAGGGGCGUCUGAGCCAGAGUACACAGAGCUCCUGAGCUUCCCCAAUGGCUCUGGCUUUGGGGCCUCAGCCCGGCCCUGUGCACACCUGAGGUACAUCCAGACCCAGCGCCGGAUUCCCAAGAGCCACCCCCGGCGGGCGGCCUCAUGCCGCUGUACCUCCGACUUGUCCCUGGAAUUGGCUGAAUUCCAGUCUGACGUGGAGCUGGGGGCCCUGGACCGAUUAGGGGCUCUCUUCCAUCUUGCCACCACCCCGAUGGACCAGGAGCAGGGCCUGCUGGGAGAGCCUCCUUGUGCCGUGGAGCGUCAAACAGUUCUGCGGGUUGUAGCCCCCCAUGCCACCCUUCGGCUGCGAUUCCCUAUCCCUGACAUGCGCCCGGAACGCGACCCCUGGGCUGGCCGGGCCGUGCGGGAGGAGCUUCUGCGCCUGGAGCUGACGGACCUCGAGUUCCAGUCGGAGCUGAGCCACGGCCCCAGCCCACAGGCACCCACCCGCUUGGAGCUGACCUGCAGUGACCUACACGGGACUUACGAGGACAGGGAGAAGCCAGCUGUCCCAUGCCUUCGAGUCUCCAAAACCCUGGACCCCCAGUGCCCCGGCCGCAAGUAUAUCUUACCCAAGGCAGUGGUGACCCUGAACCCCCAGUACACCAGCUCCCAGUGGGACCUGGUGCUGGACAAGGGGGAGGACCUGGAACUGUCAUCGGCUGAGAGCCCCUGUGAGCUGCGGGAGCCUGAACCCUCGCCCUUCUCCUCCAAGAGGACCAUGUAUGAGACUGAGGAGAUGGUGAUUCCUGGUGAUCCCGAAGAGAUGGGAGAAUUCCAGAGCCGAACGUUGGCUCUGUCCCGAUGCAGCCUGGAGUUGACCCUGCCCAGUGCCCACGUCUUCCUGCCCAGCAAGGAGGUCUACGAGAGUAUCUACAACAGGAUCAACAAUGACCUACUCAUGUGGGAGCCUGGAGACCUGCUCCCCAACCUCGGCCCUGCCGCUUCUGUGUCUGCCCCUGGCUUCCCCGGACCCCCUGCCUUCUGGCAGGACAACUUCAAGAUGUGCAAGUCUGCCUUUAAGCUGGACUCAGACUCUGAAGAGGAAGACGUUCACUUCUUCUCGGUGGAUGAGUCAGGGAUCCCACAGCCCCCCAUGCUAGAGCCCCGGAGUCCCCGUGUCCAGAGCACUUUCUCCACCCUGGUGACUGUGCUGAAGGGGCGCAUCACUGUCCUAUGUGAGACCAAAGGGGAGGGGGGGAAGAAGCUGGAGGACUGUCAUGGGGAGCUGGUCCUCGACGUGACCCAGGGCACCAUCUUCAGCGUCUCCCAGUACCUGGGCCAGCCAGGGCUCGGCUACCUCUGCUUAGAGUCUGAGAAGGCGGCCCUCUACCACCAAGCUGUAGUGGACAACUACUUACUACCUUCCCGGCUCGAGGUGCCCAGCUUCAUCCCGCCCGCCCAGCUGGCCCCAACCAUCUACCCCUCAGAGGAAGGGGUGACGGAUCGGGGGUCUGCAGGCCGCAAAGGUCAGGGCCAGGGGCCACGCAUGCUCUCCACGGCCGUGCGCAUUCACCUGGACCCCCAGAAGAACAUCAAGGAGUUCCUGGUGACCCUGCGGCUACACGGAGCCACCCUUCGUCACCGCAUGGCCCUGCCCAGCCAGAGUUGGCACUGCCAGCUUCUGGACUUUUUGGACGUUCUGGAUGACCCCAUCCUUGGCUUCCUGCCACCCACGGUCAUCACUGUUCUGCACACACACCUGUUCUCCUGUGCAGUCGACUACAGGCCUCUCCACCUUCCUGUGCGUGUCCUCAUCACAGCAGAGACUUUCACCCUCUCCAGCAACAUCAUUAUGGACACUUCCACCUUCCUGCUCAGGUUCAUCCUCGAUGACUCCGCCAUCUACCUGUCUGACAGGUGUGGGAGCGAGCCCCUGGAUUUGCGGAAAGAUUAUGUCUGUGUCCUGGAUGUGGAUCUGCUAGAGCUCGUGAUCAAAACCUGGAAAGGCAGCACUGAGGGCAAACUGAGCCAGCCUCUCUUUGAGCUGCGCUGUUCCAACAAUGUGGUCCACGUGCACAGUUGUGCUGACUCCUGUGCCUUACUGGCCAACCUGCUGCAGUAUGUGGUGGGCUCUGGUGAUCUGCACCCCCCGGCCCGACCCCCCAGCCCCACUGAGAUUGCUGGCCAGAAAGUUCAGCUCUCAGAGAGCCCGGCCUCCCUGCCCUCCUGCCCCCCGGCUGAGACUGCCCUUAUCAAUCAGCGGGACCUCACGGAUGCCCUCAUUGACACAGAGCGGAGCCUUCGGGAUCUGGCCCUGCCACCAGGCAGCGGGCCCCUGCGGCAGGCCUCUCCUGUAUCUGUUUACCUGUUCCCAGGUGAGCUGGGUGGGGCCCAGCCCCCUCCGCCCUCUGAUGGUCCCUCUGAAAGCAACCUUGGAGCCAAAGAAGAGGAGGCGGAAGAGGAGGAGGAAGAUGAGGAGGACGGGGAUGGGGAUGCGCUGGACAGUGACGAAUUCUGCAUCCUAGAUGCCCCUGGCCUUGGCAUCCCUCCUCGGGAUGGGGAGCCAGUAGUGACGAAGCUACAGCCUGGUCCCAUCACCGUCCGCGACGGUCACUUCUCUCGACCCCUGGGCAGCACGGACCUGCUGCGAGCCCCUGCCCACUUCCCUGUGCCCACCAGCCGGCUGGUGCUGCGAGAGGUCUCUCUUGUCUGGCAUCUCUAUGGAGGCCGGGAUUUUGGGCCUCACCACAGCCACAGGACGAAGCCUGGCCUCUCAGGCCCCCGGGGCUCCCCGUCACGUAGCUCUGGCCUCAACAGGCCCCAGAACUCCUGGCGCAUGCAGGGUGGGAGUGGCCGGCAGCACCAUGUCCUCAUGGAGAUCCAGCUGAGCAAGGUGAGCUUCCAGCAUGAGACUUACCCAACGGAGAGAGUGUCGGCCCCCGGUGCCAUGUUGGGGGAGCAGCCCCUGGCCCGCCAGGUGUUUAUCGUCCAGGAGCUAGAGAUUCGAGAUCGGCUUGCCUCCUCCCAGAUCAACAAGUUCCUGUACCUAUACACGAGCGAGAAGAUGCCUCGGCGGGCGCACUCCAACAUGCUCACUAUCAAGGCCCUCCACGUGGCCCCUGAGGCUGGCCUGGGUGGCCCUGAGUGCUGUCUCCGAGUUUCCCUCAUGCCGCUGAGACUCAACAUUGAUCAGGAUGCCCUGUUCUUCUUGAAAGAUUUCUUCACCAGUCUGGCUGCCGGCAUUAACCCCGUCAUUCCGGUGGAGACAGCAUCUGAAGCCCGCCAAGAUCCUACUGUGCGAAGCAGUGCCCCGCAAGAAAAGCUGCCAGAGGGGGCAGAGAUGAGCAGCUCUCUGGAGACCACAGUCAGUGAGCAGAGCUCCUCGUCUGCAUCUGCGGCCGAGCAGCCCAUUUAUUUCAGGGAGUUCCGAUUUACCUCUGAGGUGCCAAUUUGGCUGGAUUACCACGGGAAGCAUGUCACCAUGGACCAAGUGGGCACCUUCGCCGGGAUCCUCAUCGGCCUGGCCCAGCUCAAUUGUUCAGAGCUCAAGCUAAAACGUCUCUGCUGUCGGCAUGGGCUCCUGGGGGUGGACAAGGUGCUGGGCUAUGCCCUCAAUGAAUGGCUGCAGGACAUCCGGAAGAACCAACUUCCAGGGCUCCUGGGAGGAGUGGGCCCCAUGCACUCAGUGGUCCAGCUCUUUCACGGCCUCAGAGACUUGCUGUGGCUUCCUAUCGAACAGUACCGGCGGGAUGGACGCCUCAUGCGGGGGCUGCAGCGGGGGGCUGCCUCCUUUGGGUCUUCGACGGCCUCAGCCGCCCUAGAGCUCAGCAACCGUCUCGUGCAGGCCAUCCAGGCCACUGCUGAGACGGUGUAUGACAUCCUGUCCCCGGCUGCCCCCGUCUCUCGCUCUCUUCAGGACAAGCGCUCAGCACGGAAGCUCCGGAGGGGGCAGCAGCCAGCUGACCUUCGGGAGGGUGUGGCCAAGGCCUACGACACUGUCCGAGAGGGCAUCCUGGACACGGCCCAGACCAUCUGUGACGUUGCUUCUCGGGGUCACGAGCAGAAGGGGCUGACGGGGGCCGUCGGGGGGGUGAUCCGCCAGCUGCCCCCCACGGUGGUAAAGCCGCUCAUCUUGGCCACCGAAGCCACCUCCAACUUGCUGGGGGGAAUGCGCAACCAGAUCCUGCCUGACGCCCACAAGGACCACGCGCUCAAGUGGCGGUCGGAGGAGUCGCAAGACUGAGGGGGACGGUCGUGGCUUCCCAUCUCGGAGAAGGCUCGAAGGCCCCUCCGCUCGUUGGCGGUUGGUGGUCCUUGGCCGUGUGACUCCCAGGGUGGGGUGGGAAGAUGCCCCGCUUUGAGACUGACUCCUUGAGACCUUCUGCCAAGCCCCCUGCCUCCAUCCUUUGGGCCUGGGCUGAGGAAGUCCCUCUGCCCUGAGGAGGAGGAGGGGGAAAGUGCUGGGGGUCCGCCCUGGGCCCCAGCCCCUGCUGCUGCUGCUGCCUGGCCCCAGGACACACAGACUUCCUUCACUCCUGUGGUCCCCUCCUCUAGCCGAGCAUCUUUCCGUGUUAGGAUGAGGGGAGGGCCAGGCCCUGAGACACACAUGUGGUUCCGUGUAUCACUUUCUAAGCCCCCUGGGAGGGGGGUCGCGGCUUCUGCAUGAUGUGGAAUAAAUUGUGCAAAUAGCCGCCA